AUGAGGGUCGAAUGUAUUGAAUUUUACGUUGACCCAAAGUCUGUCGGCUCGCUUAAUUUUCUUGGAAAGGAACGAGUUCGCUUUCCAAUUACAGAUGAACAUUCAUCUUUGGCAGUGUUUACUAAAAAGUUCGCGGAAUUUGCCGGAUUAAAGGCAGAGGCUGAGAAACGUGGCCUCGGCUCCUGUGUUGAACUUAAAUUUUGUCGUCUCGAAAAGGGAAAAGAUGGCAGUAAGGCCUUUGCGAUAAAUACACAAGAGCAAUGGGACAAGGAGAGGCCGCUACUAUCAGGAAAUACAUCUUCAUUACAAGGUAGGAAUUUAUUUACUUCUUAUUAAACGACAUCAAGGACCGUUCUGAAAGAUACGGGCCGACUUUUCUAUAGGUUAAUAAGUAAUCAAGGUUAAAAGAAGAACAAGAGAAUACGGCGACUAUGUCAGGAUGACGAUGGUAGCACAAAGUUAACUUAGAAAUAUUUCAAGACAAGUAAAUUUUAAAUACUUCAGGUAAAAUACAGCUUCAAACACGGGCGAUGCUAUUUUACUUCAAGUUUAACUUCACGCAAUUAAUUAAGCUUGAUUGACAUGCUCCGCUUUCUUCAAAGCUCAAGAAACCGUAAGUUCGCUAUGUCGGUUGUAAGGAUGGUUUUCAAGUCACUUGAAACUUUUCGUGAAACGUUUCAAUUUUCCCGGCGACUUUAAUUACCUCAAUAAAAGGCAUUGUAAAGUAUUUAGGCCAUCUUGGUCUCCUGUAUAAAGCCUUUUCUGUUCAUAUGAAACUUCAGACUGUACCAAAACGUUCCCUACCAUAAGCAAUCGAGCUUCUGGAAGGACUUGACAGUUACUUGGAAACAACAACGGAAAAAGCGUUGUCGCAUAGCAACGAUGUAAACGAUGCCAGCACAGGUAAACCAAGGGGUUUUCAAGGAACUAUUUCUAAUCAGACAAAGCGUUCGGUUAACAUGAUAUUAAAUGGACUGAAAGAUCUGGAGGCGUUAGUUAAAGAACAUAACCCAAGCUUCGCCAUUGAUCUGUACUCUUGUCUAACAGUUCAGGUUGAAAACCUACACGCAGUUGGUCAUUUCAAGGACCAGUUUCCUACCCUUUUGCAGUACGCACGGAAUCUGGCAAAUACCGUAUACGAAAGCAUUAAGCGUGUAGUACCCUGGAGUGCCUACUACUUCACACAUGAUAAAUCAUAUUAUCCCGUGUUGCGCCAGAGCACUCCACUAAAUGCCAUUCCGAAGCUGGAGCAUCUUAAGGCAAGAAGGGAGUUAAAUAGGCAGGAAAAAGACCUCAUGAUUGAGUGGGCGACAAAUAAUGGGAGGGCUGCACGACAGAGAAGUGUGAGACAAGAGACCACCAUGUUCAAGGCCGGAACAUUGCCGUUAAACAUGUACAGAACAUCAGACUAUCCUAAAGAUAAAGUCUCAUUCAGCCCUAACACUGUCGAAGAGGAGACUGUUACUUCUGCUACGACCGUUACGACUGUUACGCCUUCUACAUCGCACGAGGCCAUUGAAGAUGUUCAAGUAGUAGAGGAAGCCGAGGUAGAAGAGGAGGAAGAGUAUGACACUGACUCAGACGCUGAAUAUCCUAUUGCUGACAAUUACGAGGUAGAUUCUUUCGACGAUUUGUUGUUUCUUCGGGCAGUUACAACGCGAAGUGGACGAAUGGUCAGAGUCGUCCAUCGAGAGUGA